CACGCACAGAAAACCGUCUGGUUAUUCUCCAAUAGAAUAAUAUUUUCAAAUGUUACGAUGUUAGGUUUUAAUUUUAAACAGUUUAAUUUACAGAGAAAUGCGUAAUUGAAUUUCAGUAUCGACUUUCAGAAAAUGUUUGCUACAUUUUGGAAGCAAGUUUUGUUUUUAACUUUGUGUGCUUUGUUACAAAAAGGUUAUGGAUCUCUCGAGUGCGAAGUGACGACUAAGCCAAACAUCAUAUUUAUCCUUGUAGAUGAUUUGGGUUGGAAUGACGUCAGUUUUCACGGCAGUCAACAAAUUCCCACUCCAAAUAUCGAUGCUUUGGCACGCGAUGGCGUCAUCUUGAACCAAUAUUACGUCCAACCUAUGUGCACACCAUCACGGGCAGCUCUCAUGACAGGAAAAUACCCAAUAAAAACAGGUCUUCAACAUUUCGUACUUUGGGCAGAAUCUCCAUACGGGCUACCAUUGAAUGAAACAAUACUACCCCAAUACUUGAAACAGCUUGGCUAUGCUACACACGCCAUUGGAAAAUGGCAUUUAGGUUUCUUUCAAAACGAGUACUUGCCAGUCAAUCGAGGAUUUGAUUCUCAUUUCGGUUUUUGGUCUGGAAAAGAAGAUUAUUUUACUCACUGGCAACAAUCGAAACUUUUCUCUGGUCUCGACUUACAUAACAACUUUGACGAUGAGUGGGGUUAUAAUGGAACUUAUGGAACAGACCUUUUUACCAUGAAAGCAGUGGACAUAAUAGAAAAUCACAAUGCAUCGCAACCUUUGUUCCUGUACUUAGCACACCAAGCUGUACACGUUGCAAACAAAUAUGAACCAUUGCAAGCACCUGCAUACUAUUUUGAUAAAUUCUCUCACAUUGAAGAUUUGGACAGAAGAGUUUUUGCAGGUAUGAUGUCUGCCUUAGAUGAUUCAAUAGGAGAGUUAUUUUCAGCUCUCGAUAGAGCUAAAAUUUUAAAUAAUACCAUAAUAAUAUUUAGUACUGAUAAUGGAGGAGAAGUAGAAGGAGGAAAUCACGGCACUGGUUCGAAUUAUCCACUAAGGGGGAGUAAAGAAAAUUUGUGGGAAGGAGGAGUUAGAGGCGUAGCCUUUGUUUGGAGCCAGUUUCUAAGAAAAGUAAAAAAUGUAUCGGAAGAGCUAAUGCACAUAACUGAUUGGCUGCCUACUUUGUACUCAUUAGCAGGAGGCGAUCCUUCUGCUCUGAAGGAUAUCGAUGGUAUCAACCAAUGGCCUUCAAUAUGCUCUGGUGAGUCAACUAAGAGAAAGGAAAUUCUACUAAAUAUUGAUCCAGAAUGGAAUGUAGAAGGAAUACGAAGAGGAAAGUACAAGUUAAUAAAAGGAACCGUUCGGAAUGGGAUCUAUGAUGGCUGGUAUGAUUUGGAAGGAAAAAAACGAGAUAACAAAUACUUUACUGACGAAGAACUGAAUAUUUAUCAGCAGGUUUAUAAAGAUGCUGCACUGAACUCUGCUGUUCAAGACAUUUUGUUCAUGAACUAUGGACAGGAAUAUGCUGUAAAAUUCUGCUCUUCGUCUUCUACUUCUAAUUUACAGGAAGACGAAGCCGACUGCAUUUCUUGCUUUGAAUAUUAUGACGACUUUGAGGAAUUUUUAGGAAUGUGUGCAUGUCCUGUAACUGUUGAUUGCGGCUCGAGACCUCAAAACAAAGGUGUAGAGUGCAAUCCUAAUGUGGCAGCAUGUCUUUUCAAUACCGAUGAUGAUCCUUGCGAAUACAAUAAUUUAGCAACCUCUGAACCCAAGAUAGUGGAAGAACUCGAGGCGGCAUUGAAUUUCUACAGAUCUGAAGCUGUUCCAAUAAUAAAUAAACCCGAUGAUCUUGCUUCAAAUCCUGCAAAUCGUGGCUACGCUUGGGGACCCUGGAAAUCUUAAUUCUAAUAUA